AUGGGUGAUGAAUACCCGCCCCCCACCCCCACUCCCCGGCGGCUACACUUCGAUGGAUCUGGCUGGAUCCAGACCAGCCGUCCCCUAGCCACCUUCCUCUCGCACCAGAACGGGCCACAACCCCUUCCUGGAUCCCUGGCGGUCGCCUGCCCCUCCGCCCCAAACCAUCGCCGGCCAGGGACCCGAGGCGCCGCCGGUCCUGGCGAGCACCACCGCGCACCCGCCGUCCACCCCACGCCAUGGCUCCGCUCCCGACUCCCUGGAUCCCUGGUGACCUCCUGCUGGCUGCCACGGUUGGAUCCAUCCUUCCCACCCUUGGAUCCGCAGUGGCCCUGCAUCACCGACCUCCGCCUGUCCCUCGCCGGCGCCCUCGGAUCCACGGCGGCCCUGCAUCACCGAUCUUCCUGGCCCUUCCUCCGCUGGAUCCACCCGCCCCGCCACCUUCCACCAUGUCAACGCCGCCGGGGGCAAGGUCUUCCCCUCCCUCUCCGGCAGGGCGGCCCCAUCGAGCAACUCCCCUCCCCUAUCGCCGGCGUGGCUGCAGUACACUCCUUGCUCGCUGCAGUCCGCACGAUGGUCUCUGAUCCGCGGCGUAUAGUGCACCUCGCCGUGCGGGUGCGGUUUAGAAGAGUUUUUUCGUUUUAUUCUCGAUUUUGCUUAUGCAGUUCUGCCAGAUCCCGCGAGCAGUGCGCCGCACCCCCCCCGAUGUGGUUCAUCCAUGGCCACCUCCUGCGAUCUCCGCGAGCAGGUCAAGUUUGUGCUGGACCUCCUUGGGUGGGCAAGUGGACUGCACGGCACAUGGCUAGCGGUGGUGCCCGGGCGGCGCCUUGUGCAGCUCCUUCCUGUACCGGCUUCGCGCCCAGUGCGGCUCGGUUGGCGCUGCCAUGCAGCUCGGGAGUGCAGCUCGCAUGGAUGUGCGAAGGAGAAAAAAGGAUAUCAUUGUUUUUCUGAAGUUCGGUUUUAUUGUUUGAGAAAACACUUGUGUAUGAUGCGAGCUGGCUGUGUGCUAACAUGUGUCGAGAGAUUCA